GCAAAAUAUUUACCUGCUUUGGCAACCAUCGGAGACACGGCCCUGGUUCCGUAAGUUUGUCUCGCACUCUCAUUCGUCGAGGCCGAAAAAGAGUCUUCCGCCAAUCUCUGCGCUCGAUCCUCGCAAGCGAGAAAAACAUCUGCUCGAAUCGUCACCACAGAUUUGGCUCUUGCCAUGGGCAAUUUGUUCGCGUGGCCAUGGAAGAACGAUGAAGAAUUGCUCGAAGUGCGCGAGCUUUUCUAUCCCAGCCCGGAACUGGACGAGGCCACUCGGCGUGAGAAGCAACAGCUCGCGGUGAACAUUGUCAACGCGUGGAAGCUGCGUCGGUGUCGCAUACCGCACUCUAUCCUGGCGACAGCUGACCUUGUGGACGCAAUCCUUCACCAUGACGCACGCAAGAAUUCUGCUUCGGCCAUCAAAGCCGUCUACGCGUCUGCGCUGGCGAAGAUGGUCACCAGCAUCUGCGACCUUGAGCAAGACGCCGCAGAGAAAAGGUCGAUGAUGGAGCAAGCGAAGAAGCUCGGAAUGCCCGAGGACUGGGUGCAUCUUCGUCACGCGAUCACACACGGUCAAACCCCUGGCUUGAUGGCCCUUCAGAGCGCCGUGCUCGAAGCUGUGCCUUGGAUGUGGGAGCAUUUCUGGCAGCAUCUCAGCCCUGAAAGCGAAGUGCCAGAACAAGAAGUUCGCAGCCGUCUUGUUGAGAUUCUUACAGGAUACCGGCGUCAAAGACGUUCAGAGUUCACUAACCAGUCGGAACUGAGACCCUACGACACUCUGACUGCACAAGCUUGCAAGCAUAUUAGGAGAAUAUGUAAAGCGGCCAAGGACGCUGACAUAUUGGUGGAUGUUUUGCUUGGCGAGAAUAUACUGCUGCCGUCGGAGAAACAGACGAAUCUCAAGUUCAAGGCCUUCCUUAUUGUCUGGGAUGCGCUGCUUCUCGGCUUGGCUGAAAGAAUACCGGCAUUACACCAGAGAGUUGUUCUUGGACUGGUAGAGUAUCUGACCGUACAGACAACGUACGAUUAUGCCAAGGUCACGAUCAGGUUGGAAAUAGCGUCGAAAUGGCUGCAGCACAUGCUUUUAAAUCAAGAUUGGACAUCUCGUCUUUCUGCUGCCGCUCUUGAGAGUCUGCGCAACGACGUCAUAGAAGGAUGCCUUUUGUAUAAAUCAGAAUACACAGAUGCAGUGGUUAGAACGUUACUUGACGCCAUGUCUGGGCCUCUUGCCGAGUCCUUCAGACAGCUUUUGGACAUCUACGAUAAGGGGGGAGAAGACGGCCAAAUGGACGUCGACAUCCUCCAAGACGCAGGUGAAGGACAGGGAGAUAAUUACUGUCAACCAACAGGCUGGUCAAGACCUGUAGCGGUGUGGCUGCCAAAACCCAUUGGAGCUUAAAGGUUAGUGUACCUCUUAAAUUUCUAGGAUACCCAAGUAUCUCCCAAGCGAAGAAAUAAAGGUCAUGUCCAGAUUUAAGUGGCCAAUGGAAUAACUCAGACC